AGACAGAGAGUCAAGUGUCCACCAGUUUGUCUACACGCGCUCUAUUCCUGGGCAAAUCUCUGUUCCCACAACAACAAAAGCAAAGCAAAAACAAAAACACCAACAGCAUCAUUAAGAUUUUCAAGUCAAUAUUCCUGUCUUCCUCCAGGCUCUUCAAGCUCCAAUUUUUCCCCAUAAUUCAUUCGUCCCUCUCAUUCCGAAUUCACUUCUGAAAACUUUUCCUUGUUCUUUAAUUCUUCUAGUUUCAUACCCCAUGAAAAAGAGCAAAUCCAAGAGUUUCUUUCAAAAUCUAAUCAAACCUUUCAUGUUCAACUCAGGCAAAGAGGGGCAGAAUGAAGAGGACUUGGAGCAAAUAGCUCAACAAGAGCAAAAGCACUUUCCUUUUGAGACUUUAGUUGCUGCGACCAAAGAUUUCCACCCUCAUCACAAGCUUGGUGAAGGAGGUUUUGGACCUGUCUACAAGGGGAAGUUAGAUGAUGGUAGAGAAAUUGCAGUGAAGAAGCUAUCUCAUAGCUCAAAUCAGGGGAAAAAGGAGUUCCAGAAUGAGGCUAAGUUGCUAUCACGUGUGCAGCACCGUAAUGUUGUGAAUCUUUUGGGUUAUUGUGCACAUGGCACGGAAAAGCUUUUGGUAUACGAGUAUGUCACUAAUGAGAGUCUAGACAAGCUUCUCUUCAAAUCCAAUAGAAAAGAGGAGCUUGACUGGAAGCAGAGGUAUGAUAUAAUCACAGGCAUUGCACGGGGUUUGCUUUACCUUCAUGAAGACUCACACAAUUGCAUCAUUCACCGGGAUAUCAAGGCAAGUAAUAUUUUACUUGAUGAUAAAUGGGUCCCAAAGAUUGCUGAUUUUGGCAUGGCUCGCCUCUUCCCUGAAGAUCAAACGCAUGUCAACACCCGUGUAGCUGGUACCAAUGGAUAUAUGGCACCGGAGUAUGUCAUGCAUGGACAUCUGUCAAAGAAGGCAGAUGUUUUCAGCUUCGGAGUUGUGGUUCUGGAGCUGAUAAGUGGCCAGAGAAACUCAUCCUUCAAUUUAAACGUGGAUGCUCAAAAUCUACUUGAUUGGGCAUAUAAGCUUUACAAGAAAGGCAAGGGCUUGGAGAUCAUGGACCCUGCCUUAGCCCCAUCAGUAGCCCCUGAACAGGUAGCUAUGUGCAUCCAAAUAGGGUUGCUAUGCACACAAAGUGAUCCCCAAUUACGACCCACAAUGGGCCGGGUAGUUGUUAUGCUGUCAAAGAAACCCGGCAGUAUCGAAGAGCCAACCAGACCUGGAGUCCCGGGUUCUAGAUACAGAAGAUCCCGCAGGCCUCCUGGAUUCUCAUCCACUCUCGGAUCUUCAGGUGAUUCAGAUAGCCGUACAAGUGAAUCAACCUUCAAUACUGCUUCUGCUUCUGCUUCUGCUUCAGCUCUUGCAAGCCCCUUGAGAUCAGACCCGCAUGGAAAGCGCCCCAUGCAGAGUUAAUUUUGAUGUAGAUUUUUGCCUUUUAGUUAUUCUUUUCUGUAUUAUAGAUGCGUUAGUAUCUAUUUGCCGUUGGUAUGUAAAUGUUAAUCCCUAUUACUUAGCGAAAGCGAUGGUGUAGAGCUGACUAUGAUUCUUUCAAGUGGUAUAUAAGAAAGGUUCAUGAAUUGUCGCACUAGA